AGACAUCAUUCAUCCAUCAGCUAGGGUUUGGUUAGUACUUCUCUCUAUCGCACGCAGCUUCUCUCUCUCUCACUCACUUUUGUUGGGCGCCGAAACAACGCUGUCCGAAUCAUAUCUUCGAUUCUGAUUCUUUUCUUCUUCUUCAUGAAUUCGUAUAGGCAAUAAAGAGUUUUUUUGAAAAAAUCUCGGGGUUAGCCGGUCUUUUCGAUACAAUAAGGAGGCAGGAGUAAUGGCGACUUUGAACCCUUUCGAUCUGUUGGACGAUGACGCAGAGGAUCCUAGCCAGCUCGCUGCGGCUAAGCCAUUGAAGGUAGAGAAAGCUGCUCCAGCUCAGCCUGCUAAGUUGCCUUCUAAGCCGCUUCCUCCUUCUCAAGCCGUGAGGGAGGGAAAGAACGGUCCUGGUGGAGGACGUGGCAGCCGUGGUCGGAGUGGUGGAUUCAACAGGAACAAUGAUGCUCCUGCUAAUGAGAACGGAUAUGGUGGAGGCUACAGACGCUCUGAAGAAGGAGAUGGAGGUAGACGCGGUGGGUCUGUUGGUGGAUACCGUGGUCGUGGUGGUCGCCGUGGAGGCUACAACAAUGGAGACUCUGGUGACUUUGAACGUCCACGUAGGAACUAUGACCGCCAGAGUGGAGCAGCUCACGGGAAUGAGUUUAAACGUGAUGGAGCUGGCCGUGGCAACUGGGGAACCACUGAGGAUGAGCUUCCUCCGGUGACUGAAGAAUCCACAACUGUUGUGGAGAAGGAUUUGGCUGUUGAGAAGGAAGGUGAAGCAACUGAUGCUAACAAAGAGACACCUGUUGAAGCUCAAGCAGAGAAAGAGCCAGAGGACACGGAGAUGACUCUGGAGGAGUAUGAGAAAGUCUUGGAGGAGAAGAGGAAAGCUCUGCAGUCCACCAAGGUUGAAGAGAGGAAGGUUGACACCAAAGUGUUUGACUCCAUGCAACAGCUCUCGAGCAAAAAGAGCAACAACGAUGAGGUCUUCAUCAAACUGGGAACAGAGAAGGACAAGCGCCCAGUUGAGAGAGAAGAGAAGACCAAGAAGUCGUUGAGCAUCAAUGAGUUUCUGAAACCUGCCAAUGGCGAGAGUUACAGAGGUGGUAACCGUGGCGGAAGAGUAAGCCGCGGACCAAGAGAGGGAGCCGACAGAGGAGGUCGUGGACCAAGAGAGGGAGCCGACAGAGGAGGUCGUGGACCAAGAGGAGCCGACAGAGGUGGUCGGGGACCAAGAAGAGACAACGGAGGAGGAGAGCAGAAGGCUGCUGCACCAAAAUUUGUGGCUCCGGCACCAAAGAUUGAAGACGCAGCACAGUUCCCUACUCUGGGCAAGUAAAAGCUCUCCGGUCUGGUCCGUUCAGCCUCUGUGUGGACUCUUUUUAGUUUUUGUAAUCUCUCUCACCCGGUUUGGAUUUUGUUCUUCUGAUUCUAUUGUUAUACACUGAAAGCUUUUUGUUCUACAAACCCAAGUUUGGAAGUUUUUAAAUUAGCCAGAAAACAAAAAUUUGCAUU